CAUUCACAGGAAGUAUAGUCGAGCGGAGUCGGGUAGCCCUUCGCGAGGGAAAAAAAUAGAAAAAAAUUGAGGGAAAAAAAAUCGGUGAAUCCAAGGGGUUCGGGCGGAUUUGGACGAAGUUUCCGAACUGUCCCGGCCCGGAGGAGCCCUGGGGGUUGAAAGGGAAUCGCCAGCACCGAAAUAAUGGAAGAUUCCCAUUUCAACUCAUCAUACUUUUGGUCUCCCGUACCAACAGUACAAGGACAGAUUGAGAACGCCAUGUUUCUGAAUAAGAUGAAAGAGCAGCUGGGGCCAGACAAGGGCACUGCUUUUCCUCACUCAUCCGCGGCGCAUUACCCCACCGCGGUGCUGACGGUGCCAGGCUCAGUCUCCAUGGACACAGGAGCCAUCGGGAGGUUGCCGAAGCAGGAGGGUGGAGGAGGAGGAGGCGGGACAUCAGGGGCGCAAAUAACUGGAUUGGGAUCACACCUGCACCCACCUCACACAUCCCAGAACAUCACGGUGUUGCCCGUCCCGUCUACUGGCAUCAUGACGGCAGCGGGGUUAGUGAUCACGACUCCUCAGGGGGCGCUGGUCUCUCCUUCGGCCUCCUCUCAGUCUUUUGUUUCUGGACCGCCCACAACAACCAUGAUUGUGUCCGCUUUGCACCCGUCAAACACAGAGGCUGUCCGGCCCCCUUCCCUCUAUCUCCACAGCCACUACAAGAAAGAAGAUGGCAGUGUUCCACCUGCUGUAGUCAUGCCGCUUCCCUCAAAGCGGGGCAGAAAGAAAAAGUCCAUGAUGCCGAGGGCAGGUCCGGUUUCUGCCCACGCACUUGCCACAGGAAGUGAUGCGCUGAUUCUUGCACACCUGGCCGCGGGGGGACAGCAUAACACAAGUGACCCGUACGACCUUUCCAAUGAUGAGGAUGAUCAUCAAGGCAAAGAUGGGAACAAGUCCUACAGGUGUCGGAUGUGUGCGGUGACGUUCUUCAGCAAAUCAGACAUGCAGAUUCAUGCCAAGUCACACACGGAGGCGAAGCCACACAAGUGUCCUCACUGCUCCAAAUCCUUUGCCAACUCCAGCUAUCUGGCGCAACACAUCCGCAUCCACAGUGGCGCCAAACCCUACACCUGCUCCUACUGCCAGAAAACCUUCAGGCAGCUCAGCCAUCUACAACAGCAUACACGAAACCACACCGAGGGCAAGCCACACAAGUGUCCUCACUGCUCCAAAUCCUUCGCCAACUCCAGCUACCUGUCCCAGCACAUGCGCAUCCACAACGGCGCCAAACCCUACACCUGCUCCUACUGCCAGAAAACCUUCAGACAGCUCAGCCACUUACAGCAGCAUAACAGGAUUCAUACUGGCGAUCGGCCAUACAAGUGUUCCCAUCCCGGCUGUGAGAAAGCUUUUACCCAACUAUCCAACCUCCAGUCUCAUCGAAGACAGCACAACAAGGAUAAGCCAUACAAAUGUCACAAUUGUAACCGUGGCUACACAGAUGCAACCAGCUUGGAGGUUCACUUGUCGACACAUACGGUUAAACACGCCAAACUCUUCUCCUGUGGCCUCUGCAACCGCUCCUACACAUCUGAGACGUACCUGAUGAAACACAUGAGAAAACACAACCCAGAUGCUCUGACGGUAGCAGCUGCAGUGGCUGCCCAGCAAUCCCAGCAGGGCCACAAUCCGGCUCAGCCCUCGGGCGCAGGAAGUGGCAGGGGUCGCGGGCGAGGAAGGGGGGCCGGAGCUGCCGUGGCGCAAGCACAGAACCGGCCCAACCCCGCACCACCAACCAGUUACUCUGUUACAGAGGGAAUACCCUGCCCUUUCGACCUGCAUCAGUACAAGACCGUGUCGGCUGGAGAGAUCCAGUACAAACCAGUCACUGUGGCCGACCUGACGGCCCACAAAGACCUCUGCCUCACCGUCUCCACCUCUGCCAUCCAGGUGGAGCACAUGAACUCGUAGAGGAACUUGAGGAGAACGAGAGCGAGGAGGAGGGAUGAGGAGAAAUGGACCAUGAAUAGGGAAGGAAAUAAAACACUGCCUUGGGACAGAUGAAGAUUUCCAAACUGGCAGGAGGAAAGGGCAGGUUUGCAAAUUAAGGAGAAAAGGAGAGAUGAAGGAGAGGAGCGCAUGAACUCUUAUGAGUUGUCUUUCUUUAGACUUACUCUGCAGUGUCACAAAAAAGGCCUUAAACUUUCAUAGUGGCCAUUUUCAGUUAGAAGCUAUUGAAAUAUACAAUUCCCAGCCCCAGUGCUGUUCCUUUUUCAACUUUAGAGUGCCCCAGUCGGGUUAUGGAGGUAAAAAUCCCAUUUGUGUUCUUCAUAUGAGAAUUGAUUUUUGAUAAAUGCUUUUUGUUUAAGACAGCGCAACUGUGAGCUACAAGGUUGUUAAAGGGAUAGUUCACCCAAAAAUGAAACUAUUGUCAUCAUUUAUUCUCCCUCAAGUUGUUCCAAAACCUUUUUGUUGAACACCAAAGUAGAUAUUUUAAAAAAUGUCACCAGACAUUUGCUAGUAGCCAUUGAUUUACAUUGUAUUAGUAAUUGAUUUGCAUGAUAAUUUUUAAUGAUUCAAUUUCAGAAUUACAAAGAAAAUAACGAAGCACCAUCAGUGGAGAAAGGAUUUUCUAAUUUAUUUUACAUUAGUGAUUUUUUUUUUUUUUCUGUACAUGGCACAUUUUUACAUCACUUCUAAGAGGAACGAAAACAAAGGUUAAUUAUGUUGCAGGGAUUGUGUGAGAUUGACUGAAAAGGACACUAGCUUAAUGGGUGAUAAAGAUAAAGGUUACGAAUGCCAGCUAACGGAGACUAGCACAUGCUUUUAAAUCCAGCAAGCUGAAUUAUUUUCUAAUUGAUAAUGUUACAAACGCUAGUAAACAAGAAAAUAUGCAAAAACUCCACCAAAUGAAUUCUACAGAAAUGCAAGUACAGCAGGUUUAUAGUAAUAAUUCACCCAAAUCAAGUUAAAUUACUGAUCUGUAUGACUUAUGAAGUUUAAAUGCCUUUUAUGACACUGCUUUGCAGGCCUGCUGAUUGACAUUUCUAGCAAAUGUGCAAGAGGUUUGUCACUAUCAGCCGAGACCGAGAGGUGGCUAAGACUGCACUAAAGGGGGAGAAGGAUAAACAGAAGCUAAUGGUUUAUGGGAGAUGGCACUUAAAUGAACUUUUUUAUUCAUCGUUUCAGUUUUCGUCAUGACUUUUUAGCCAUUUAUCACAUGUAUUUUUCUAUUGUCCUUGUGUUUGUAUGUGUUUGAGUGUACGAAGGGUUGGUUGAAAGAGCAUGUAAGAGAACAUUUAAAGAUGAGAAUGUGUGAAAACAUUUAUAAAGUUGUCUUUUUUUGAAGAGUUUAGUUGUUUUAUAUUUUCUCCCCACAAAGAGUCUUUUUUUCCGGAGGGAAAAAGCAUAGACAACGAUUUGGUUACCAGGUACUAUUUAGUAGAGUUUUUUUAAAACCUUUAAUAAUACCAGUUAUUAUAUUAACUUUGUUUUUUAUGCAUUUAUUAUUAUCAUCAUUAUCCAUUGGGAGUUACUCUGUGUGCGCGCGCACGUGUGUGUGUGUGUGUGUGUCCGUGUGUGUGUGUGUGUGUGUAUAUAGAGAGCGAUAACAUGUUCAUUCAAAAAGGGAAGGACUAUCUUUCUGGUCCAGCUGAAAUGUGAUUUUUUUUAAAUGUAUUAAAGGCAACAUUAGAGAUCAGAGUAUGGGAUGUUAACAUAUUGCUAAACCAUCCCAUCCCUGACCUACAUGAUGAAAUCUGUCUCCAGUAAGCAGCCAAGUGAUUGGCUGAUCCUCCACAUAUAAACUUGAUGUAUCCAUAUAUGUCUUUGGAAAAUAACACGGUUCUCAAUAUUAUUAUUAAUGUUACUUCUGUCACUUCUGAUAUUAACUGCUCUUUAAGAUGACUUUGCUGUAUAGAUCAACAUUCAUUCAUUUUGACGUAACUGUUUCUCCUAAUAUGAACAAUAAAAAAUUAUAAACAUUUUAAA